CAUUGAGGAGAUUUCGGUUCUCUUCAUGUUCCAUAUCCAAAACAGGAAGUAUGUGGAAAUCUCUCCAAAGUGAAAUAAUCCCUGGUUGUCACCAGGGUCACCAGAACUAACGGACAUUGGACAUUCUUGUCCUGGUGACAACUCACUCAAUUUGCGUUCACAGGGCAAACAGAGAAGGGGCGGACUGAAAACUCAUGGGGCCCCCGGGCAAUAGGAAAUCAUGGGGCCCCGUGUCCUCACUCACACUCAAACCACACCCAAAAAAGCCUAUGAAAGGUAGCAGGGGCAUCUCAUGGGGCCCCCUACUGACCCAGGGCCCUCGGGCAGUGCCUGAGUGCCUAUAUGGUCAGUCCGCCCCUGCCUGGGUGACAUCAUUAACC